CGCUCGGUGAAUGCCUCUCGCGGCCUCUCGCACGACGCGUUUUUCACCAAACUCUCGGUAUCUUCCGGAGGUUCGUGUCCAAGGGAGGUGCUCCAUCGAAUGGGGGCCUCAUGCGGGGGUGUGUAAAUUUUUAACCGAUUAUUUUCACGAUUAGCCGUGAUGCCGUAGUGUUGAACGUUGACGCGAAACAGUGGUGGGAGGGGGAGAGAGAGAGUGAGAGAAGUGCGGGGCCGGUGCUAAGUGCGAUUUUUAGCAAAUGCUAAUCGCUCCGAUGUAGAGGAACUCGCUUUGUUUGCGGCGAGACGCCGCAUGCAUGAUAAGAUUGAUGGCACAAACGGGAUAAAUGAAUCCUACUAAUUGUUGGAGAGAAAAAAAAAGAAAUGAGAAGCGAGAGCACUGCUGAAUUAUAUUUAGUGUAGUUAAGGUUGCAUGUGCCUAUAACGUGUCCUACGUGUUGAUAUUUCUCCAUUUGUAAGAGGAUGUAAGUUAUUACUUAAGUUGUUACACGACUCCGAGGCCCAAAGACCAGGGUCAUGGCACACGAGAAUCCCACGGCUUUCACGGCCGGUUAUGCGAUCAAACGUAAUUCCUGCAACGAGAAAAAAGUUUCUUCUGAAAGAACUACAUAUCGUGCAAGUUCUCACUUGCAAUGAACGAUCAAUUAAAAUAAAAAAAAAUCGCGUGUGAUAAAGAAGACCUGUGCGGAAAACGCAUGCAAUACAAUUAACGUGGACGUUAGAAAUGUAUAAUAUCAUGCGAAUAAAAAGUGUGGGGAAAACUAUAUAAAAUUUUUCUCCUAAAAAUUUCAUAUCGUGUAUAUGUGCUAAGUAAAAUAAGACUCGACGACGAAAUAAUAAUAAUGGGAAACACGAGGUCGCAAUCCUGUCGACGAAGCAAAUCGCUCUACCUCCUCUACCUUAUCAACCGAACGUGGAGCAUCGUCGUAGAUCAUCGGAAGGAUCAAGAUCGAUGCGACGUUUGCGAUUACCAGCAGAACAGCCUGACGUUCGACAGCGAGUCGGACAUGGCGCCCAAUGCGGAGGAGGAGCUGCUGGUCGUGAAACCAUGGGGGCCGCAGCCGGAAAAGGAACGUUUAAGGCCACCUACGUACAACGCUGAGGAUUAUGCAAUUGCGCUGAGACGAUGGGGAAGACGUCCAUUAGGAACUGUUCAAGAUUCCCAAGGUACCUUGCCAUCGACAACCAGUUCGAGUUCCGGUUACGCAUCCGGAAGUGGCGAAAUGACCUUGAGACAAUUCACAUCGGUCAGCGAGUUGCUGAAUAAACUCAGAGCCGACCUCAGACUUGCUUUUCCCAGCUUUGUACAGGAAUUUGCAUCUCCGCCCGCGGACGGAAUUACUUUAUUGCUGGAGACUUUACGCGGGGUUCAGCUGGCCCAAAGUUCACCGCCAAAUUCGGGACAGCCCGGGCCCAGAAUCGGUACCAGAAGGGCCGCCCUGGACGAGCUGGGAUGCGUGGAAUGUCUGGCCGCGUGCGGCGAACGAUGCGCCGAUGCACCGAGGCUAUUAGUACAGGCGCAACCUGGUCUACUGGCUCUCGCGGUUUGUUUGACUAGUAGUCUGAACCGGUCUCGAGUUCUGGCUCUUCAGCUCUUGACGAAAGUAUGCCAAGCGCCAGGUGGACACGCGGCUGUCUCGGAAGCGGUGUCGACGCUGAGACUCAAAUACGGGGAAGGAGGGAGAUUCCGAUUUCUAGCGGGCGCUCUUCUAGCCCCUAGAGCGGCUAUCGCGUUGAGAGUUGCAGGGAUUUCGUUCUUGAAUGCUUUCCUCAAAUCGGCGCCUCGCACACAAACCAGAUUAUAUAUCCAGGCUGAAGCCUGCGAAGCUGGCCUAGAGCCGCAGGUGCUUCAUGAAUGGCUGAGGGAAUUUGAUGGGCGUGAGGAGGACGCUUUAACUGAUUUACUGCACAAGGAAGUUCAGAAGUGGACACAUAAUUGCGUCGACGUGGAUGCUCUGCAACGCAGGGUGAUGCGCGCAGAGGAAACUUGCAGGAUACUUAGUAAAAAGGUGUCGCUUCUUCAGAUGCAGCUUGAGAAACGGAGCAAUUCUGAUUCGGAAGAGCGAGAUAAAUCUGCGCCAACAGUCCUUACUAUCGUUAAAAGUCCGAAGGUAUCCUCGAACGGCGAGGAUGAAGGUAUCAGCUCCUCGGAAAGGUCCAGCAGCUCUGAAGAUAUGAAACAUCAAGCGAAGAUCAAUCGGCAAAAGACCUCGUCCGCGCAGAGCAACGAUCAGGAAACCACGAUAGACGAUGUGAUCGAGGAACUGAGAAUCAUUGUGAAGGAUGCCGAGGAGGAGUUCAGUGACAAGACUCAAGAGCUGAGCCAUCGUGCUAACAUUGAUCAAGAAGUCACCCUUAAUGAACAGGAAUCGGCUAAAACCAAAUUAUACAGAUCGAAUUCCAAGAUCUCGUUGAACAAUUCCGACAGUUACACGUACGAAAAGAUAACCAAGAGAGAUCAGUACCCAGAUUCGAAAGUGUUGAGGUCAAACGCGUGCUCCAAUGCAUCCCAAACUCAAGUCAAGGACGAGCAGAUAACUUACUUCGGCAACGAUCAAGAUUACAACACGGACUCCAGCGGCACGAAGAGGCUCAAUACGCGCGAUCUGCCCCGCAAGACAUCAAAGUCAUCGAUGGAGGGCAGCGUGAAGAUUAUCGUUAAGGGACCCGACGUGGAAGAGGCAAUAAUACCGGCCAUUCUGCACCCCCAACCGCCAAGAAGAGCGCCGCCAUGCUUAUCGGCCAUUAUGGCCGCCAGGCAUUGCGAUCUCACUGAUCACGCGGAAACGUACAACUCCCACGAUGAGGAAAUCGAGGAAGAAACUUUGGGUGACGGUAGCGAUUCCCUGCUGAGCGCUUCCAGGCUCAAGUACAACGGCAAGCAUCAGAUUUACGACGGGCCAAUUGGAGGUAUCAACGCGAAUCAGUUGCAGAAACUGGACAGGAAUGACGAUGUCAAGUUCGAGAAGAACACGGACGAGCUGCCUCGCUUCGAGGGGAGCGAAAACGCGAAGGAUGGGAAAGUCGGGAGAGGCUACGACAUCUCGAGCGGAUCAAAGUCGAGGAUUGUCACGGAUGUCGGGCCUACUAGCGGACAAAUGGACGUUUACAAGCAAUUCGAUUCCAUUUCCAAAGGGUUCGAGACCGCCUCCGGGCGGUCCAUCGAUCAGCGGACGAUUCACCGACAUAGCUCCAAGUAUAGAAGCGAGGUGGAAAAGAGGAAAUAUCUGCGUCGCUCGGCCAGUCACGAUUAUCUCGAGUCAAACGUGUCCAGUCCAUCGCAGUCGAGACGUUCGGUGAGCAAAGUGGAAUGUCGCAUCAGAAAGUUCGAGAGCUUAAAUUCCUUCGACGAGCAUCGGAGCUUGCAGAAUUAUGGCAGAUCAAACUCGGAAAAUCCUGGCAAGCGAGAGCAGGCACUGCUACUGGCCGAUAUCUCCAGGUCCAAGAUGCGUAGAUCAGAAUCCUUCCAUCACAUAUCCCAUCGCGCGUCCAGGAGGGAGCAGAGCUCGUUGAAGGGAGAAAGCGACAGCGGCCUUUUCUACGUCACGGACUUCAAUCUGGAGCCUCUCGUCACGAGAAGACCGCGAUCGAUUGACGCGCCCAAGUCUCCCAAUCCGCUGACCAAGUCUCUGGACAGGAUCGACGAGGGUCUAGACUCGAUGGUCGACAUCGUUAUUACGCAAGAGCAGAGUCAGUGGAAUAAAGGUAAACGUCAAUCAAGAGCGAAGUCUGAGAAGCAGCUCGCGAGAUCGAAAUCGACCAGGCUCGAUGAUUUUUGCGGCUCCUCCGAAUUUGACAAGCCGGUGAAGCGAGACAAUUCCUCUUCUAGGGCCAAGCACUCGAAGAACGAAGAAUCCGUGUUGCACCACGUUAACAAUAAGCAGUUGAGGAAUGAUGAAUUUUACGAGCAGCAGAGAACUCGCGAAUGGAAUUACCAUAAUAAGCUGAAUUAUGCCCAAAGCAAGGAUGACAUAAGCUUGGAAGACUCACCGAUAAUAUUGUCGAGGAGUGGUAUGAGACAUAAUUCCUUUUGUCAGAAGGACAAUAUUGGUAACAAGUUUUCUGGCAGACCGAACGAAUCGGGGAUCUUUGCUGGACGAACGUAUGAUACAUUUGGUCUCGGGAAGAGUCGUUUCAACGCAGGCAAAUACUCGGGGAAUCAACAAGCUAAAGAAAACCCAAUUGGCAGGAGAAACACGACCUCUUCGUUGAUCGGGAAACGUGGCAAGGUGACAGAUGACGUCUCGGGGCUUUAUUAAAUGUGUAAAAUUUUACACGAGAUUCUAAAGAGCCAAUAUAAAUGGAAAAUCUUUAUCUCUCAUGUAAUAAAGUAACAAAUAAUUCUUGUUUAAUUAAUUUAAAAGCAAAGUAACUAAGAUAUUAAGUCAGACUUUUAACAAAGAAAAAAAAAGAAAAGAGUUAAACUUGACAAACGUAUAUUAAUUCCUCUUUUUUUUAAUGAUGAUA